GACAAGGAAGCUCUGCAGUGAGCUUGUGGCCCUGCAGCCCCUCCACUUGCUACCUGAGCCAGUGAAAGCCAGGGAGUGGGAAGGCAAGUGGGGUACGCCGGCAUCCCAGCCCCCUGACACCUCCCAGGUCCUGGGUGGAAAUCCUGAGUGCAGGAUAGCUUUCCAGAUGCCAGGCACAGCAAGGCAUGACCGAGAGAUGGCAAUCCAGGCCAAAAGAAACCUGUCCAAAACCACUGACCCUGUAGAAAGACUUCGCCUCCGUUGUUUAGCAAGGGGAUCUGCAGGCAUCAAAGGACUUGGCAGAGUUUUUCGGAUCAUGGAUGAUGACAACAGCAGGACCCUUGAUUUCAAAGAGUUUGUAAGGGGAUUAAAUGACUAUGCUAUGAUGAUAGACAAGGAAGAAGCACAGGACAUUUUCCGAGUGUUCGAUAAAGAUGGGAAUGGAACCAUUGACUUUGAUGAAUUUCUCGUCACGCUGAGGCCUCCCAUGUCAAAUGCAAGAAAAGAGAUCAUCAUGCAGGCAUUCAGAAAGUUAGACAAGAGCGGAGAUGGUGUCAUAACGAUUGAAGAUUUGCGGGGGGUCUACAAUGCAAAGCAUCAUCCCAAGUACCAGAACGGAGACUGGACAGAGGAUGAAGUUUUCAGGGCUUUUCUGGAUAAUUUUGAUUCACCUUAUGACAAAGAUGGGAAGGUCACAACAGAAGAAUUCAUGAACUACUAUGCUGGAGUCAGUGCUUCAAUAGACACAGACGUCUACUUUAUCAUCAUGAUGAAGAACGCUUGGAAACUCUGAUUAUAUGAUUAAAAGAGGAUGAUUUGACUUCCA